AUGGCUGUGGUUUUUGCUGUAAAGGAGAUUAAUAAAAAUCCCCAGAUCUUAACCAAUAUCACACUAGGCUUCAACAUUUACAAUAACUAUUUUCUUCCAAGAUAUACUUGUAUUGCUGCUCUGGAACUCCUCUCUACACCAAACAGAUUCAUCCCUAAUUAUAAAUGUCACAAUCAGAAGAAUCUGAUUGCUGUCAUAGGAGGACCAAGUUCUGUUGAAUUUCUUGAUAUGGCUACCAUUAUGACAGCUUACAAGUUUGUGCAGGUUGCAUAUAGUUCUGUCCCAGAGACCAGUAGCAUUACGCAAAGUCAUUUCUUUUACUGGAUGCUCCCAAAGGCCAGUCAUCAAUAUCAUGGACUUCUCCAGCUCUUUUUGCAUUUUGGCUGGACCUGGAUUGGGAUGUUUUACCUCAAUAUCGGCAACUUGCUGAGGAAUGUUAUUCCCAUGUUUUCCAGAAGUGGGAUCUGUUUUGAAUUCAUAGAAAAAAUAUCAGGUGAAUUUAUCAGUGAUGAUGAGAAGACAAUGCGUACAUCAUACAACAAUUUAAGAAUUGUUUCAAAGAGUACAGCUCAAAUAGUGAUGUUUCUGGGUGGAUUUCAGAGUAUGCUAAAUUUAAGGGCUUUGCUCAGAAUUUCAGAAUAUAAUGAUUUGCCAUGUAACCCCAAGGUUUGGUUUAUGACAGCGGAGGUAGACUACUCAUGCCUUCCUUUCCAAAGAUAUUGGGAUCUUAAUUUCAUUCAUGGCUCUAUAACGCUUGCCGUACAUUCAAAACAAGUGUCGGCUUUCCAGAAAUUUGUUCAGAUGAGGAGCCCGGUUUUAGAUAAGGAAGAUGGAUUUCUAAUCCAGUUUUGGCAACAGAUCUUUAACUGUUUGCCCCAAGUUUCCAUCACAGACGAAGAGGAUGACAAUAUCUGCACUGGGGAGGAAAAACUAGAGACGCUCCCUGUAUCUGUGUUUGAAACCAGCAUGACUGCCCACAGCUACAGUAUCUACAAUGCUGUCUACGCAAUUGCACAUGCUUUGCAUGCCAUGUAUUCUUUCCAAGGCCGACAAAGAAGAAUAAUGAGAGAGAAUUUCCUGAGUCAACAGUCAUGGAAGGAACCACCUCGUUCACUCUGUAAUGAAAAAUGCCAUCCAGGUUAUAGAAAGACCAAAAUUGAAGGACGAUCAUUUUGCUGCUAUAAUUGCACUCUAUGUCCAAAGGGGAAGAUUUCAGUCCAGACAGAUAUGGAUGAUUGCUUCCAGUGCCCAGAAGAUCAGUAUCCAAACAACCACCAGGAUUUAUGCAUGCCAAAGCAUGUAACUUACCUAUCCUUCAAAGAACUGUUGGGGAUCAGUUUAGCUACAUCAGCUCUUGUGCUUUCUAUUAUCACAACACUGGUGCUAGGAAUCUUCUUGAAGUACCACAACACUCCCAUCGUCAAAGCCAACAACCGCAGCCUCUCCUACACCCUCCUCAUUUCCCUCCUCCUCUCCUUCCUUUGUUCUCUGCUUUUUAUCGGUCGACCCAUGAAGGUGACCUGUCUCCUUCGACAGACUGCUUUUGGAAUCAUCUUCUCAGUGGCUGUUUCUUGCAUGUUGGCCAAAACCAUCAUUGUGGUUCUUGCUUUCAUGGCCACCAAACCAGGAUCAAGGAUGAGGACAUGGGUUGGGAAUAGACUGGCCCUUUUCAUUGUUCUUUCCUGUUCUUUUGUUCAAAGUACCUUUUGUACUGUAUGGCUUGGAACGUCUCCCCCCUUCCCAGAUGUAGAUAUGUGGUCCAUAAGUAGCGAAAUAAUUAUAGAAUGUAAUGAAGGAUCUGUUGUAAUGUUUUGUUCUGUUUUAGGUUUUAUGGGUUUCCUGGCUAUAGUCAGUUUUAUUGCAGCUUUCUUAGCUAGGAAGUUACCAGACACAUUCCAGGAAACCAAGUCAAUUACUUUCAGCAUGCUGGUGUUUUGCAGUGUUUGGUUGUCCUUUGUGCCUGCCUACAUAAGCACCAAAGGAAAAUACACAACAGCUGUGGAGAUCUUUGCCAUCUUGGCCUCUAGUGCUGGGCUCCUGGCUUUUAUCUUUUUCCCCAAAUGUUACAUCAUUAUAAUUAGACCAGAUCUUAAUAAAAGGGAGCAAUUAACAAAAAGAGUGAAUUAAAAUAUAUUUUCAACUCUUUUUUUGCUCCACUGGUGGAAAUACAAUGGUAUGCAGCUUUUAAAUGCUACUUGACAUCAUAAUGCUAGAUAAAUGGGAGCACGUAUGGACUAAUGAAUUAAA